UCAAUCAUGGAGGACGAUGAGGCAACAGAUGAGUUAUUCGUUGCAAUGCAACCCUCAACCCAAUAUAAAGAAACUAAAGAGAAUACACACAAUGAUGAAGAAGGAUGUGAGGAAUAUGAUGAUACAGGCGAUGAGUUUGGCACGGCAGAAGAUGAUGAUGACAGAGAAAUAAUCGAUGAAUUUGAGGAAGAAAGUGCUACAGAGGAGACCACAGAGAGGGUGCUUGACAAUAGUGACAGCGCUGACAAUAACAGCAACAUUGUACCCAAUAAACUAAUGUACCCGGAGGCGGACCCAGAGCAGUCUAAUUCAAGUGCCGACCCAGACACCAGUCAGUCAUCUGACCAAGCCAGUGACAAUGUACGUUAUCUGAGAAAGAGGAGGCAGCUUGAAACGUUUAGCUUACCUCUGAAUGACAGCCUACAGGAUGACGUUGACCUCAUUAAGAGAAGUCUGGCCUCCGACCACAAGAACAUGUCUGGAGACAAGGACUCUACAACGAGUGAUGUGAUGGAAAUUAAGCCAGCACCUCAGCCCAUCAGGGUAGAUCACACUUAUGAUGUAUUGCCAAUGUUACUGGACAAACAACUCCCUAAAGGAUGGACGAGGAAAGUUGUCCAAAGACUAAGUGGCAAAUCUGCUGGCAAAUACGAUGUGUAUAUCUACAGCCCAAGUGGAAGGAAGCUGAGGUCAAAGACAGACCUAGCCCGGUAUCUGGAGGAAGAAGGAAUAACUGAAUUGACCGCUGAUGACUUUGACUUUACUGUUAGAGGGAAGCAUCAAUCGGUGGCUCAGCCAAGCAAAAGGAAGAUAACAGAAGAUGUUGGGAGUGAGAUCAAGAGAAAGAGAGGCAGACCAAGUAAAGUAUCAAAGGAAAUCAGAGAAUCGAAAAGUCCUCUCAAGGCUGGAACAACCAGUAAAAAGAGACAGCUGUCUCAGUCCACAGAAAAAACGGCCAGCAGAAAAAGUAUUGUGUCUCAGUCCAAGGAAAAAAAUGACUCACCCAAAAAAGGCAAAACUAUCACUCAAAGACUUGUCAUUAAAAUGGCUUUCACCACCGGGGAGAGUCACCCAAAAUCUCGAAAGAGAAAAUCCAAAAACUUGAAGUCAGUGAAGAGAAAAGUGAAAUAUGACAAGGACAGACAACAGGAUGUGAGUGUUGCGAAUCAGAAGAACAGUGAUACGUUGAGCAAGGAGAUUGUGGGGGUUGAGAAAAGAGAGGAAAGAUAUAUGACUCCAAAAAAGAACCCAAGGUUCCGUGAAGUGGUUGAAGAGGACAAGGAUGGUGUGAAAAGUCAUGGUGCUAAUGUGUUCGAUUUGUUUGACAGGGAAGGUCACAUGGUUAUAGGCAUGGAAGCAAAUCUCAAUAUGGACAAAGAUGAUAGCAUUGUAAAUGGGGCACAAAAUGGGAACCAGUUUAAAGAAUCGGACUUAAGUCACAGUAGUGCAGCUGUUUUGGAUGAUUCCAAAAGUCAAAGUAGACUUAAGAGAAGAAGCUCCAGUAAUAUUGACUAUGCUUUACUCUCUGGAAAGAAUCGGCGCAUUUCAUUUGAACGAAGAACAUCAGCGCGGGGAUCUGGCAGUGAAAUCUCUUCAGUAAAUCAGACUUCAAAUAGAAGUGAUCGAGUGAGUGGGUUAGAUUCUCCCGAUUACAAAAGUGAAGCAGCAGAAUUGUCAGAACAAAAAGUGUUAAGUACAAAUAAUUCUGCAUUUAGAACUCACGAGAAUGUAAAUACUGUUGAUGAUGAUUCUGAAAAAGACAGGAGUGUUGAAUUAUUAAAAUGUCCCCCAAAGGAUGUGAUAAAGGAAUGCCCCCCCUCCUCAUCACCCACCCCCCACCAACCAUCCAGUCAUCCCGCUCAAUCCGACACAAAGUCUUCACAAUCUACCAGUCCAGAGGUGGAAACAAGUGCUUCAACUGAACAGAGAGAGAUUCAGGUGGAGGCAGACGAUAAUGCACUAGACAUAGAGGAGGACGAGGAGUAUGUUCCUGCCCCUGCUGAAGUAGUCCAUAGUCCGUACUUCCAGGGUGGGAGAUACAUGCCUCGCCCAGAGUUACACCGAGAUGUCAAGUGGACCCCACCCAAGUCCCCAUUCCACCUGAUCCAAGAAAGCUUGUACCACGACCCAUGGAAACUCUUGGUGGCUACCAUAUUCCUUAACAGGACCACAGGAAAAGCUGCUAUUCCCAUCCUGUGGAAGUUCCUGAACCGCUGGCCAAACCCCGACACUGCCAGGAAGGGGGACUGGCAGGCCAUGGCACGACUCCUGGCCCCACUGGGGCUUCACGAAAAGAGGGCCAAGAUCAUUAUCCGCUUUUCAGAUGAAUUUUUGACAAAGGAUUGGAAAUAUCCAAUUGAGCUGCAUGGAAUAGGAAAGUAUGGGAACGACUCCUAUCGCAUAUUUUGUGUCAAUGAGUGGAGACAGGUGACCCCAACAGACCACAAGUUAAAUGACUACCACAAGUGGUUGAGUGAAAAUUGGGAGACCCUCGGUUUGCAGUGAGGGUUGUAAAAUGGGGGAUAGAGUGAGAGGUGUGUAAAUGUUGGGGAGGGGGGGGGGGUUAUGGAGUGGAAUGAGGGAUGUGUAACAUUGGGGAAUAGAAUGUGUCACUGGGGAAUAGGGGUGUUGGAAAUUGAUUACCUUUAGUGAUGUGAUUGCCAACACAUCAGACUGGCUUGGACAGAAAAAUCACAGUCCUUGAUAGCUGUCAUCUGUAAAACCAAGCAUCUUUCUCAAGAGAUGGGAUAACUGGUCACAACCAUGGAUGUUAUGUUCAUCUGUCUGCAUUUCUGUGCUAUUCUCCAUGGAAACUUCUGCUCCAAUUCAAUGCUUAUUGGUUGAUGGUGUAAUGUUUAUUUUUAUUUUCACUGAUUUAAAGUUUCGGACAUUAUUGGGAGCUUAGCAAAUAGUUAUGAGAUGGCUGGCGCCUGUAAAUACUUUGCCAAUGGAAUCUGUUUGUGUUCAUUUUUAUCUUAUUUAUCUUAUUCACAGCUGUCUUCAACCAUUGCAAUGUUCAUUAACUAUUACCACAUGCAUUUAGUAUUUUAAUCCCAGGUGAAGUUGUGGAGAUUUUGUAUAGUUUAGACACAACUUAAACCCAGGUCUGUUUUAUGUACAUAGAUGUAUGAUUGUUUAUAUAUGAAUACUUUUCCAAAUGAACAUAGUCUACUUGUAAAAUGGUCUCUCAUAUAUUGUAUAUUUGAAUUUGUAUACCCAGUACAUGUAGAAUUGUGGUAUGAAUACUUGGUUUUUUUUUAAUGAUACUAUAGUAUCCAUGAUGGUGUACAUGAUGUGCAAGCAGUUUUCUUUUUUUAAAGAAAAUGUAUUUUAUACAACGUAAAAGAAGAGUAUACUGCACAUAUUAAAUGAAAAAUAUUAUAUUUCUAAAAUAAUCCAAGUUGAUUUUAUGCAUUUUCAGAUUUUUUUGUUUAUAACUCCUUUUCCCGCCAUGAGUUGUUUUAAUGUGUUUAAAAAUCUAGUUAUGAGAUUGAUGUUACGUGUACAGCUUUUAUAUUUGAUCAUUGUUUUCUGGACACAGAUUGUGAUCUUGGAACAUAAAUGAUAAGUUGUUUAUAUGUCCAGUGUUUGUGUGCAUUUUUUGCAUGCCUUUUUUUAAUGUUUUAUUGUAAUGGUUAUCUUUAUAUGAUAUACAUGUAUAGCCUUUUUCUAGAUAUAAUUAUAUUAUUCACAUUAGAAACCAGCCUCCAACCACAACACACCGACAGAAACAGUCGCUGUUGUAGAAUAAAAUUUACAAAAUCAAAAAAA